AUGGCUUUCGUCCUCAGGAGGCCCUUUGCGGUCUCCUCCAACGCUUUCAAGCAAUUCAGCAAACCCUCGUCAUUAAUCCGAACCUUCCAUUCAAGCCCCAAAUCCUCGAAUUCAUUCUUCACUCCUCGGACGACGACAUCAAGUGCGCAGUCCCUCCUCAAGUCCGAAGCUCUGCGCAAUGGUUUCAAGCGAAGCUACCAGACUCCGUCAUACCAACCGGCGAAUCCGGCUGCAAGCGGCAACCUGACACAACGAAUUCUCUAUGGCGCCGCUUUGGUGGGUGGUACAAUUCUUGUCACGAACAUGAUCUUCAACCGGGAAACUCGGGAAGACGGCGGGAUGCCGCAGUAUGAACGAGAAUAUCUGAACCAGACCUUCAUGCACACCGGUCUGGGUGUCGGUAUCAUCGGUUUGGCGGCGCGGACCUUGCACACCAGCGGCUGGAGUUAUCGGCUAAUGGCCACGAACCCUUGGCUGGUUAUGGGUGUUGGUCUAGUUGCCAGCAUUGGAACCAUGUACGGAACACUUUACACGCAUCCUGACAACUACGUACAGAAGUACGCUCUCUGGACGGCCUUCAACGUCACCCAAGCCGCUCUGCUAUCGCCAUUGAUGUUCAUGCAUCCGGCAAUUCUGGCUCGUGCUGGUCUCUACACUAUUGGAAUGAUGGGAAGCAUUGCCUUUGUUGGUGCUACCGCGAAGCAAGAGAAAUACCUCUACCUUGGAGGUCCUUUGCUUGCCGGUGUCGCCAUCGUUGCAAUCUCUGGCUUUGCACCUCUUGUCCUGCCAGCCACCGCCGUUCGAACACUGGCUUGGACUGAGAACAUUUGGCUCUAUGGUGGUCUCGCUGUCUUUGGUGGUUUUACCUUGUACGACGUGCAGAAGAUUCUCCACCACGCUCGGAUGAGUGAACGUGGUCUGGUCAGAAAGGAUGUUGUGAACGAGAGUGUUAGCCUCGAGUUGGACUUUCUGAACAUCUUCAUCCGCAUGGUUCAAAUCUUGAGCAUGCGAAACAACAACCGAAGGUGA